AUGUCAAAAGAAGGCCGAGUGAGCAAGUCUCGAGCGCGGAAGAAGGAUAAACUCCCAAUCGUCGAGCGCACGAACCAGCUCUCUCUGGAGGAAUUCAUCUCGACCUACUGCUCUGAGAGCAAGCCAAAGGACAGCAAGCACAAGGACGAAGACAGCAAGAAUGAAAGGGAAGAAGACUACAGAACAGAAAUAUACACUUCUGAAACACUACCAGGAGAGAUUUUUGAGAAAUGUUUCCGUCUGAUCGAGUCGACUUCGUCAAAGACAUACCUCGACUCCAGCAUUGGGUGGUCUCCUUUGAAGAAACGCAAGGAAAUGAAACUGCCUGAUAUGCGAUACAUAAUCCUACAGCCGCAUUCACAAGAUACCAGUUCACUGACAGAUGGGCUCUCUGAAAAAGAUAACGACUGUGAUUUCGGCUUCCUUUCCUUCAUGGUCACGUACGAAGAUGGCCAAGACGUCCUCUACUGCUACGAGAUCCACCUUUCCCCUGCCGCACAGGGCAAGGGGCUAGGCGAAAUGCUAAUGAAGACGUACGAGGAUAUCGGCCAACGCAUCGGCCUGAAGAAGUGCAUGUUGACUGUCUUCCGGGUUAACGAGGGGGCGAGACGGUUCUACGCUCGGCUGGGAUACGGAGUUGACGAGUACUCGCCUCCGCCGCGCAUACUGAGGAAUGGCACUGUCAAGGAGGCGGAUUAUUUAAUUUUAUCGAAAAGAUUGGAAACGAGAAGCGCAUGA